AAUAGGAUUUUAUACGGGCUAAAGUUACCUGCAACACCUUUCAAACCAAAACACAAAGAAACUUCAAAGUUUCGGGGCCGGCCACAUUAAAAUAUCAAAUAGGACAAGCCAACAAUUCCAGCCCACCCACAGCUCUGCACUAUGCAUUACUAUUCGCGCGAUCUCGUGGACCAUGUGAAAAAGCGACGAGUCGGUGAUCAAAACGCGCAAAAAAGCUACGGAGCUGAAACCCCACUUCCCUCAACCGAAGCGAGCUGGCCACCAAAGAAACCGUGCCCCUCCGCUUUACUGCCACUCGCUUUCCCCAGAUUUAAAGACGAACCGCGUCCGCGUCGUACCUGAGAUAGCUGUAUCAAGCCAAUUGCCAGCCCUCAACUGAAGCAUCCUACACACUUCCCUCUCUUCAACGUUCCCCCAAAUCCGCAUAGCUAUAAAAAGACCGGCUUUGCUCCUCAUUCUCUCAACCUCACUUCCAUAAUCAAAAUCUCCCUCCAAACAUUCUCCUCCUCUUCUUGCUUUUACUAUUAACUCCAGCUGCUAUGGCGUCAUUGCUGUUUGCUGUACUAGCAUUGUCUUCCGUAGGCAUCGCCGUUGCUGGCAACUUCAACGACGACUUCAAGAUAACUUGGGGCGAUGGCCGCGGGAAAAUAGUCGACAACGGACAACUCCUCAGCCUGUCUCUCGAUAAGGCCUCGGGCUCGGGCUUCGAGUCUACGCACGAGUAUCUAUUUGGCAAGAUCGAUAUGCAGCUCAAGCUGGUCCCUGGAAAUUCUGCCGGCACCGUUACUGCUUAUUAUCUUUCAUCACAAGGGCCUACCCAUGAUGAGAUCGACUUCGAGUUCCUCGGAAAUCUCAGCGGAGACCCGUACACAUUGCACACUAACGUGUUCACUCAAGGGAAAGGCAACAGGGAGCAGCAGUUUCAUCUGUGGUUCGAUCCCACAAAGGAUUUCCACACCUAUUCCAUCCUCUGGAACCCAUCACACAUAAUUUUCUCGGUUGAUGGCAUCCCGAUCAGGGACUUCAAGAAUAUGGAAUCAAGAGGCAAUAUGGAACCAAGGGGAGUCGCCUUUCCUAAGAACCAGCCCAUGAAAAUCUACUCUAGCCUCUGGAAUGCUGAUGACUGGGCUACAAGGGGAGGACUAAUUAAGACUGAUUGGACUAAAGCUCCGUUCACUGCAUCGUAUAGAAACUUCAACGCCAAUGCUUGUGUUUGGUCUGCUGGUACCUCCACCUGUUCUUCAAAGAAAUCUCCAAGUGCGUCACCAAGCAAUGCAUGGUUGAAUGAAGAGCUGGAUUCAACAAGGCAAGAGAGGAUGAGAUGGGUGCAGAAGAAUUACAUGAUCUACAACUAUUGCGCUGACUUGAAGAGGUUUCCCCAGGGCCUGCCGCCAGAAUGCUCUAUAGCUUAAAAUUUUAAAUUUGGGAUUGUAAAAGAAGGAAACCAAACUCGCGUACAGUAAUUAGUUGAUUCUUUUAUUUGUUUACCUAUUAUAUAAUCUGAUACUUUUAGUCCCAUUGCUUGCACUGGUGUGAUACAUGAAUUUUGGUGGUUAAGACUAGGCUCUUGUUGGUGUUUUUUAAGAAAUAAAUGAAACUUCUUUUA